AUGGAUCCCGAAGCUUCGUUUUCUGAUGAAACGCUCUCAGCAUCGGUUUCAAUGCGCCGUCGCUCUCACUCGUUUUCUGACGAUUACUCGGUUCAGCGCACAAACGACGAUGCAACACAGUGCAAAUUUGCUGCCGUUCAGCUCGGUUACUGGAAAGAUGAUUUCCUACCCCGAUUUGCAUUCUGUAGUGGUGCGGAUCAAAACUCUCGUCGCGAUCCAGAAAUCUCGAUUGGAUAUUGGGCUCGAGUUUCCGCGGUCAAUCUACUUGUUGAGCGAUUCAUAGAUAAGACACAGGGGCAAUGCCAAAUCAUCAGUGUUGGAUGUGGUUUCGAUACCUUGUAUUGGCGAUUGAAGUCGGGCGGCAAGUCAGUGAAAAAGUUUGUGGAUGUUGAUUUCAGUUCUGUAACUGCAAAGAAGAUUCGCCAAAUUCGUAAGCCAGGCACUCCAGAUUUGGUCAGCCUUUUUAGUGAACCCCCUAAAGAAACUCAACACACUGAUCUACAUUGUGGUGACUAUCAUCUCGUUGGUGCGGACCUUCGUCAGUGGGCAGAAUUCAAAGCAAAGUUGGAAUCUGUAGGAAUCAAUACUAGUCUUCCAACACUCUUUUUAGCGGAAUGUGUUCUUGUAUACAUGUCUGUUGAUCAGAGUUCCGAACUUUUGAAGCACAUAGCAGAAUUCUUCGACACUGUCGCAUUUAUAAACUACGAGCAGGUACGCAUAAAAGAUGCAUUUGGUAGUGUUAUGGAGAAAAACUUGGAGCAAAGAGGAAUCUAUCUUCCUGGUUUGCCUGCUUGUAAUGAUAUUGAAACUCAGAAAGCAAGAUUCAUUGAUAAUGGUUGGGAAAAUGUUACUGUACUAGACAUGAACAAAGUGUAUAAGAAACUUUUGCCCCAAGACGAAGUGACAAGGAUUGAGAAGAUUGAGCAUCUGGAUGAAAUGGAACUUUUACGACAACUUCUUGAUCACUACUGCCUCGGAUAUGCUUUCAACGACAGGACUGAAAAAUACACAAACCAAACCCGUUUUAGAAUGUCUCUUGCUCAGUGGAAAUUGGACUACAGCGGAUAUUCUCGUAAUUGUAGAACAGCUGAUAGCGCCUACAACCCGCCUGGUUUUCAGUCGGGUGCUACUUCUAUUCAACAUCAUGUGGAUAAUGAACAAGCCUCAGAGCAGCAAGAACAUCUUGCAAAAAAACGAGCUUGGGACGUUGCAAUGGCUCCAGCCAAAAGUCUUCCGAUGAACAUGUUCAUGAUGUACAUGGCAGGACGAAGUGUGAGCGCUAUAAUCGUUUAUUUCCGUUUUGCGAUG